UAUUCCUUUACCCAUCGAGCUGUGUCUGGUCCUUUAAGCACAGCGAAUACGCCAAAAUGAGCGGACUUGUCAACUAUGAAAGCAGCAGCGAUGAAGAAAAGCAGUCCCCUCCAAAAGUCGUACCCAGUAAACCGUCCAAAGGGAAAUCAGCCGACUCUACAGUUCCAGCUGAUGGCCUUGACAGAAGCAGCAUCAACAAAGGAUUUCCAGCGGCAGAGCUAGACAAGGGGACAGGCAGGAAUACAGGCGCCGACAAUGGGCCAAUGCUGGGUCCGACCAUGCCCGCUCAAAUGCAGGGCGACGAUGAUAUUGUUCAGCCGCAAGAAUCCUCAGCAGAGACCUCGCAGCAACACAUGUCCGAACGUGAGACUAUUCACUUGCUUACACAGGCGACGCAUCCCAUGACGGCCAUCCCGCCUUCGCCCCCAGGUUCUCCCGAUCCCGCACUGGACGCCAAAUUCAAGCGCUUUUUGGAGCUCAAGGCUAAAGGAGUGCAUUUCAACGAAGACCUCGCAAACAAGUCUACGUUCCGCAAUCCCGGGCUGCUGGCUACGAUGAUGGCUCGAGCAGGAGUGGAGGGUGACGACCAGUACAGAACUUCUUUGCCACAGGAGGUCUGGAAUCCUUUGGGGUUUCCACCGUUGGCAUACAAGGAGGAACUGCUCCGAAGUCAGCAAGCUUUACGCGAGCAGGACUCCAACUCCAAGAAAAGCCUGUCAGCUGCGGGAAAGAGAACGAUCGAGUUCACCUCAGGCGGAAAGUCUGGCACUUCCAGCAGAGAGUCGACGCCGGGAGCGGCCAACAAACGGAAACGACCUGGAUGAUGUGCCCUGUUCCUAUCUUUUGGGAAAUGGUAGAAAAAACCAAAGGGCUCGGAUCAGCAAGACCCCGCGAAGGAAGUUGUCUCAAGGCAACCCCCCCAAGGCAUGUACCAAGCACUGAAGGCGAAUUAUGCUGGUGUAUACGGAGCAUUUGUCAUCCCCAUGGACUUUGUCCAGCAGGUGUAGUCAUGAGUCCCGGCGGCUCGAGGUCGUCAAGGGUUCCACGACCAAUCACGCGCAGUCUGAUAUCAGGUGUGCUGGCAACUCAGUUGCCUCCGAGGUCAUGCAUGUGCUCAGCCUCCGAAGGAGGUCAGCGAGAGUAGAGACUUUCUUGAAGAAUGCAGAAGACGCUCACUCCAAACCGCUGAAUGGCCACCAAAGGAUCUGGUCGGUGUGAAAGGAAUGUUGAUGAUGCACAUGCGAUCCCUGGAAGGCGGAGGUGAUUGGACUGAGGCAAAGCCUAGGGCAGGCCAAUCACACGGAAGGACUUGGUGCUCUCGGGUUCCUGCAGCUGAAACGAUCCGAGCGUCGGCUCGAGGUGGGAGGGGUGAGCUCUGGCGGUGGAUGAGCAGAGAAAAGAUGUCCUGUUUCCCCUAUGAUCAACCUCAACCGCCUCUUCUUUGCAAUACGAGUAUUCGAAGCAGGGGAAAGGAGUAACGAAUUCCACGACUGGCACUUUGCUUUAGCCAGGGGCCCUGGUAACCUUCGCUUCGCUUCUCGGAUUUUCAGGGUCCAGAAUCUGAUCGGCGCUGGGAGGUUGACCGCAAGGGAAUUUGACGAUACGGGGAGGGUGCAGCGUUAGACCGUUAGUUUAGACGUGGUUCUGUCAAGGAGGAGGGUCGCGUCGGCUGCGUCUCUCUAGGCUUUGGUCAGAGGUUUGGUUUCCAGAAAGCGGGCCGGGCACGUUUGUUUCAGGCUUUUCCCGCGAGUGUUUGAAACCAAUUUGCGCAGAUUCCUGUCCUUGCAAAAUGGCUCGAUACCUUGGAUGGAGGAGAUCAAAUGUUGGUCGGUGCGAGGGCUUUAGUGUCUGUCAAAUGGGUACCGAGUACAGGCCACCAAGCUCACUGUUUCCGCCAGAGAGGCCUCCAUCUCUGACGGAGAUAUUCAUUAGGCGAAGGUGGAGAGAGGGACAAUCUUUCGGUGCAUGAUUGCGUCUUUGGUGGUGGCUCUGGCGCU